AUGCCUUCAUACGUUGGACUUGGUAGUAUGGAAGGUAAUCCAGUGGUUCAAGUUGUUUUGAUUGCUGAAUCAAGUCGCUUGCAAAUGAUGCUUUCAACUUACGGUAUCAGUACCCAGACACCUCAUGAUCUCGAACCGGUGCAAAUUUGGCCAAGUUGGAAGAUGGUUAAGGUUUGUACCUGUUCUCCUGAUUCUCUGAGUGGUUUUCCCGAUUACAAGAUAUAA